CCAGCUUCAACGGCUCCAACACCAGCUACUGGGAACAGGUUGCCUGGGAAACGGCCGCAUGGCAACAGGAUCAGAGCCUGGGGGUUGUCUGCUGCUCGGUCUGCUCUCAUUUUACAUCACAUUUCCUCACUAGAUGGUGUGCAAGCCACUGGAGAGUAGAGUUCUUCAUACAGUGCCGUUCUGACAAAACAAACCUGGAAAACUCUCUGGAACGCCAUUUAUUGAGGUAUUCAGGGAGGCAAGAGCUGGAAUAAGAGCUUCGCUGAAGGUGUUUGUUGUCGACAGCGAGGGAAGUAUUGUAGCUGUGAUGGACACAAUGAUUGCGGUGCAGGAUGCGUCUGUCUCCGGUCAGUGGUUUACCGCUAUAAUUCUCAGUCUCUUCUGCUUUCUGCCGUCCUGUUUGCCUGCUGGACAAACUGUGGACUAUCCCUGGCUGGGAAUGGAAAAUGUGGUAAGCAGACAAGGGGACACCGCUCUUCUCAGGUGUUAUCUGUUGGAUGGUUUCUCGAAAGGAGCGUGGUUGAACCGUUCAAGCAUCAUUUUUGCCGGGGAUGAUAAGUGGUCGGUGGACCCUCGAGUGUCCAUUGUGUCAGGAGUCGGAGACAAACACGAGUACAGCCUGCAAAUACAGAAGGUGGAUGUUACUGACGAUGGCCAAUACACCUGUUCUGUACAAAGUGAACGCAAUCCACGGUCCAAGCAAAUUCACUUAACAGUAAAAGUUCCUCCUAAGAUAUACGACAUUUCGUCUGACACCACUGUAAACGAAGGCAGCAAUAUCUCUCUGAUCUGCAUGGCCAGCGGGAAGCCAGACCCCACAAUCUCCUGGAGGCAUAUAACCCCACUAGCCAAGAAGUACGAAAGUGGAGAGUAUUUAAUGAUCAAUGGAAUCAACAGGGAUCAAGCUGGGGACUACGAAUGCAGUGCUCAAAAUGACAUCUCCUACCCCGAUACGAAGACGGUCAAAGUAACAGUCAACUUUGCGCCAGAAAUACGUGAAAUAAAGUCUGCUGGAGUGGGCCGGGGCCGGACCGCUCUGCUGAGAUGCGAGGCAGCAGCUGUACCCACACCGGUAUUCGAGUGGUACAAAGGCGAUAAAAAGCUUACUAAGGGUCAAGGAAUUGAUAUCAAGAACCUCAGUUCCAGAUCAGUUCUCUCCAUGACCAACAUGACAGAGGACGGCUAUGGUAACUACACAUGCGUGGCAGCCAACGAAUUAGGAAAGGCCAACGCUAGUCUGCCACUGAUCCCAAUUAUUGAACCUACCACAACUAGUCCUGUUUCAAGCCCAGCUCCCAACACAGCACCAUAUGGAAGUACAGGAAAUGCAGAUGUCCUGUCAUCCUGCCAGUACCUGGUCCUGCUUCUCUCCUUCAUCAGUGUAUACUAGCUGAGGAUGGCCAUACACAAUGACUGUAAAAAACCCUUAAAAGCAUUUAUCGGUCCUUUGACAUUUUGACUUCUGGAUACAAUCUGGUACAGUUUGUUAAAAACAGCGUGGGAUAUAAUCAGCAUUACUUAUGCGGGGAUGGUUAUUUUUUUGUGGGAUUUCUCAUUAUGUAAAUACUUGAAAUUUAAUUUAAUUUAAUUUGUUUUGUAUUUAGUUUCAUUUGUUUGUUUGUUUGUUUUAUUAUCCACUUGGAAAAUUAGUACACAUUGUGCGCUUUUAAACGCACACAAAUGCUCCAAAAUUAUUUCCUGGGGUUUAGGAUGCAUUCAUUGGCAUUUUGAUUUUUGUUUGCAUAGAUGGCAUAAAAAGUAAUGCCCAAGGUAUGUGAAAUCUCGCAUUAUACAAGUACAUAAUUUGCAUAAGAAUGUUGUAGUCAGUGUUAAAAGUCCUUGAAGCAAAAAUAAUAUUCGUUUCGAUCCUACUGAAUAACCUUCAGCAAUGGAACAGCUCAGUGAGAUGGUUGAAAAUCUGUGAAGGAAACAAAAUGAUUGACAAUAUAAAUGAAGGCAGAUAAUAAAACAAUAUAGUCUGAGAGACACUGCAAAGUAAAACAGAUAUUUCCCAGACCCGAUAAGCCCUUAUCUCUGUUAAAGAUCAAGUCAUUCUGAUAUUUUUUUUAACAAUAAGACUUUUGCAUUUUGAAAGAUCAUCACGUUUAACAUCAUGCCAUUCAUAAUGAGAUACUCCUUUCUCUUAUAUUUAAGCCCAGCUCGAGGGCAUUAUUUUUAAAGGUGUAAUUACUGCCUGCCUUUUGACCUUUGAGGUAUAUGUUGGAAUGUGCUAUUAUUCCAGAUAAUUACUACAGUGUUGACUCCUUGCUGUUGGAGUUAAGGAUGGAAUAAUCAAUUUGCUUAAUCAAAGUCAGGAUUUAGUGCUAUGCAUUUUUUAAAGUCAUUUUUUACAUUUUCCACUGGUCAUACGUCAUUUCAGAAUUAAUAUAGCCAGUACAGAUGUAAAAUGAUACUAAUUUGGAAACACCUGCGGAUUUAUAAAGCUGAAAUUUUAUUGCAAAUGCACUGUCAUAUCAAAUGCUCUGAAAUUCUUUUGCAUUUCCAACUAUGAUGUUUGAGAAAUAUAAAGUGUGGUUAUAAAUAUAAGCAAACUUUUAUGGACUCAAUUAACCAAAUUAGUGCCUCCAUCACUUCAAAACCACUGUAAUUCGGUUAGGCAUUAACAUACAUUAACAGAACUUUUUUUUUAUUUAUUAUUUAACCUCUUGUUCAACACCGUUGUACUUUUCUCCAAAAGUGCCCAAAAUCAUGUAAACUGCUGGAAAUCCCUUUUACCUUUUCUUUACGGUUUUAAAAAUAAUUAUGUAAAGCAGGGGUGUCCAAUCUUAUCCGAAUAGGGCCAGAGUGGGUGUAGGCUUUUCUUAUAGCCCAGCACUGACACACCUGAUUCUACUUAUCAAGGUCUUGAUUGAAGACCAUGAUUAGUUAAUUAGUUGAGUCAGGUGUCGUAACGCUGGGCUAAAACAAAAACCUGCACCUGCAUCGGCCCUUUUCUGAUUAGAUUGAACACCCCUGAUGUAAAGCCAUGAAGAAUUUUCUCUAAGAAUUUUGCUCAAGUGUGCAUAUGACAUCCUUCACUGCAACUUCUCCAUGGUUCCUCAGAGUGAAUGAAGCCAUUGUGUAGCAGGGAAAUCUUUGCUGAAAGGCUCGUAAUCCAUUUGAAGCUAAGUAUCAAUAAGAUCAUUGGCCAAACGGGUGAAUUUUGACUCACAGAUUAUGGCUAAUCAGGGUGUGGGAAAUACCUUUGUGCAUAUUCAAUGUCCGUUUUAUUUGUGUAACCCAACGGAAACCAGUUUAACUAUUUUUAAAAGGGAAUUAUGGUGAUUUCAGGAAAGGAAAAUAAUCAUGAGGUGGAAAAGAAACUGGGAGGGAACAGCGGGAGACGCACAUUAUAGAAUACAGGAUAUACAGUACCAUAUGUUACAUGGUUGUUUCUUUACAUUUUUUUUAUUUUAUCUUACAAGCUUGCAUGGAUUUUGAUGGAGGCACCGACCAUAAUCUCUGUUUAUUUAGUACAACUUCAGUUCCUAAAACUAUGAAACACCAAUGCAAAUAUGGUCCACAGGACUUAAAUAUUUGUAAGGAUUUACAGUUGUUUAAUUACAUGCUAACACAGUUUAUAUGUUUUGCUGUCUGUUCAAUAUAUGUUGUUUUGGACUUUAUGUUUUACAUUUGGAAUAUUGUACUAACAUUUAUAUCUAAUUUCCAAUGUUUUAUUUCUCUUACACAAGUGAGAUAUUUCCACCAGCUGUCUCGUUAUAAGUAUUAUUUUAAAAAUCCUUGCUACUGUUAUGGAAAGUGAAAUUAGGUAUUCCAUCCAAAAUUUUCCAAGUCAAUUCCAGUCAAUGAAAAACUCAGAGUAAAAAUAAACAAAAAUUAUAUUUUAAUUGUAAAAUUGACAUUUUACAUGGCUGGUUUAGGGAAAAAGAGACUUUAAUGUGUUCCAUUUAUUCAUUUGGCUUCUGUGAAUCUCCUAGUGCCCAACAAAAGAACCAAGGGAUUAUGUUUGCCAACCCCAGAACACUCAUGUUAUUGAAUUAAAACAGUGGCAGCAAACCUAUCCUUAGACUGAAAGCACAAGUAUUUGUCAUUAUUGUAGUGUUGGUUCAAUUUGUGUUUCAUGUGAAUUUGCUAUGGUGCAAGAAAAAUAUAAUGGAUUUUUGUAUGUGACUUGUUAAUAUCAAUUUGUCUGAUGGAUUAUAAAGUUCAGCACCAUAAAAUUGGUGUCAUUAUUUUACUUCAAAGAUGGGGCAGAAAAAAAGUUAUAUCUUUGGUAUCUUUGGUUUUGAUGAAACAUUUUGAACAUGGAUCCAAAUAUGUGUCAUUACAACAACUUGAAAGAAAUACUAUUGUUUACAAUCUUGCUAGUUCCUUAGGUACUCUUAAGUGUUGUUUAUCCUUGUCAAAGGUUAAGAUUAAAAGAAAGUUUCCAAUCUAAAGAUUUUCCUGAUUUUCCCAAGGGUGAAUAAUGUUAUUAUACUAAUAUAUAAAUCAGUGAUGAGAGUGAGUAUUUGGGGAGUUAUUUUAUUUGUACCCAUUAUAGGGUACAAAUCUUACUGUAUAUGGGUAAAUUCAGUAUUUAUUCUGCCUUAGUACACCCAUUGUGUACUACCAUGUGCUGGAAUUCAUGAACGUAGUGCAUGCUGAAUUAACCUGUAUAUUAAUGUGAACACUUUACUAAAAACCCUCCUUGCAUAGUUUCUAAUUUUCACAAAUGUGUUUGACUCUAUUAUACAGUAUAUUUAAUCUUACACUGAUUUUAGGGAACAGCAAUUGGGGUACACUGGUGGCAGAAUGUGGCACAUUGGUUCACAGUGGUUUGCAUAUCUAUCGUUCUAUUUGUUUUAACUGAACAGGACGGAUAUAUGCUGAAGCGGUAGGAAAGUAAAUAAUGUCUAGGGUAAGAUCUUAAAAGAACAUUAGUUGGUAUUCCUGAAUUCACACAAUUUUGUAUUUAGCAGCUAUCGAAAGUAAAGAAGGCUGUAGACUGUGUAAAAAGUAACUAAUAAUGUGGCACAGCAGCAGCUGUGAAAAUUGGAUAACUGACUCAUUUAAACCACCCCGUUAUAUUACGAUACCGUAAUUAAUGAAAGGCAAAGCUAGAAUACCAGGAGUUGCUCCACUCCUCACAGUUUAUGUGCUAAAAUGUUCUUACUCAAGUUAAUUAUAAAAACUAUGGAUAAAAUACUUUGCUGAACCUUAUAUCUGAGGUGAGUGUAAUCAAAUAUCCACUGCUCAGUUUGUUGGAGUGUUUACAUAUAUUUAUUUGAAAUAAAUUUUGAAGUGUGUGUUUAUAAAAUCUACACCAGUA